GGCCAUGUGCAAACAAAGUAUUAGUCUACUACUGCUUUCAAACUUGAAACGCUAUGAAAACCAAAACAAAUCCAAACCCAAUUAAUUAUCUUAUCCCUAUUUUCUCUUCUUUCCUCUAAAACUUUACGCAAACAUUCCUCUUUUUCAGUGAGCAAAACCCAAUAAAGUUUUUAGUUUUUUAGAGCACUUUCUUUUCUGUUUCUUUAGACAGCAAUGUCAUCACCAUCACCAGGGGCUGCCCCAGCACCAACGUCACCACCACCAUCGACUAAUACUACCUUCCCAACGUCACCACCACCAUCGACUAAUACUACGUCACCACCGCCACCAACCGCUUCAACUCCCCCACCAACUAGUACUCCCUCCCCACCACCUGCCACCCCAUCUCCACCACCCGCCACCCCUUCAGCACCUCCGCCUUCAACUACCCCAUCCCCUCCCCCUCCCUCGACUUCAUCGCCUCCGCCAUCAUCCUCUACCAACCCACCGCCUCCAGCCACCACAUCUCCCCCGCCAUCAUCCUCCAAUCCUUCUCCUCCGCCUCCUUCUACAUCGACUCCACCACCACCAUCCCCGACAAGUUCGGGGACUCCAUCACCGCCACCACCUCCAAGGAGUUCGGGGACUCCAUCUCCCCCGCCGCCGUCUCCAAGGAGUUCGGGGACUCCAUCUCCUCCGCCGCUGUCGUCUUCGUCUGAUUCCAGCAGUGGGGUGUCGACGGGGCUGGUAGUGGGGAUAGCAAUAGCGGGAGUGGCGAUAUUGUUGGUUUUGAGUUUGUUGUUUAUAUGUUGUAAGAGGAAAAGGAGAAGAAGAGACGAGGGAAGUUACUAUGUGCCUCCACCUCCUGGGCCUAAAGUUGAUCCAUAUGGUGGCCAGCAGUCGCAGUGGCAGCAAAAUCCUCCCCCUGGUUCGGAUCAAUUUGUUGCAGUGCCUCCAAAGCCCACUCCUCCGCCGGUUAUGGCAUGGCGACAUCCAUCUCCAGGACGCUCUCCUACGCCUCCAAUGCCACCGCCACCCCCACCUUUCAUGAGCAGCAGUGGAGAUUCUGGCUCUAAUUAUUCAGGUUCUGAAAAACCACUUCCACCACCGUCACCUGGUAUUGCGUUAGGUUUAUCAAAGAGCACAUUUACCUAUGAGGAAUUAGCAAGGGCAACAGAUGGCUUCUCUGAUGCAAACCUUCUUGGACAAGGUGGUUUUGGGUAUGUGCACAGAGGAGUUCUCCCUAAUGGGAAGGAAGUAGCAGUCAAGCAACUGAAGGCUGGAAGUGGGCAGGGGGAGAGAGAAUUUCAGGCGGAAGUUGAGAUUAUCAGCCGUGUUCAUCACAAACAUCUUGUCUCAUUGGUUGGAUACUGUAUCUCUGGGACAACAAGAAUGCUUGUUUAUGAGUUUGUUCCAAACAACACUUUGGAAUUUCACUUGCAUGGAAACGGGCGACCUACCAUGGAUUGGCCAACUAGGGUGAAAAUUGCUUUAGGAUCUGCAAAAGGACUGGCAUAUCUUCAUGAGGAUUGUCAUCCUAAGAUUAUUCAUCGUGAUAUUAAGGCAGCUAAUAUUCUUGUGGAUUUCAAGUUUGAGGCAAAGGUUGCUGAUUUUGGACUAGCAAAGUUUUCUUCUGAUGUCAACACUCAUGUCUCCACCAGGGUUAUGGGUACUUUUGGGUAUUUGGCUCCGGAGUAUGCUUCAAGUGGAAAACUCACUGACAAAUCAGACGUUUUCUCUUUUGGGGUCAUGCUUUUGGAGUUGAUUACUGGACACAGACCAGUUGGCUCUUCUUACAUGGAGGACAGUUUGGUGGACUGGGCUAGGCCUUUGCUCACAAGAGCUUUGGAUGAUGGAAACUUUGACAGUCUGGUUGAUCCAAAGUUACAAAAGGAAUAUAACCACAAUGAGAUGGCUCGCAUGGUUGCUUGUGCUGCUGCUUGUGUGCGACAUUCAGCACGACUUCGACCACGGAUGAGCCAGAUAGUCCGUGCUUUAGAAGGAGAUGCAUCAUUGUCCGAUCUUAAUGAAGGAAUGAGACCUGGACACAGCAAUGUCUACAGCUCUUAUGGAAGCUCAGACUAUGAUACCAGCCACUACAAUGAAGACAUGAAAAAGUUCAGGAGGAUGGCAUUCGGCACGCAGGAAUAUGGUGCUAGUAGUGAGUACAGUGAGCCGACCAGCGAAUAUGGUUUGUACCCUUCUGGCUCGAGCAAUGAAGGCCAAACCACCCGGGAAAUGGAGAUGGGAAGGAUGAAGAAGAAUAGCCAAGGUUUUACUGGAACUUCAGCCUGACAAUAUUAUUAUACCUCAUUUCUUUGUAAAGAUCCUAACCCCACUUCUUUUUCAUACUAUUACUUGGAUAUCACUUUGAUUGCUAAGAUUGGCAUGUUUUUUCAUGAGAUAAACACAAAUUUUUAUCCUUCUAAUUUUGAAAUUAUAGGUUUUCAUUGAUUUGUAUUUAUUAGUCAUUCACACAAAAGUAAAUAAUGGAUACACUUUGGUUGA